GAAAACAGCAAAGAAAUAAAAGAGAUGAAGAUCGAGCGCCGUAAUCCGAUCGAGGUCAGUCGACGUCGCGUCGCGCCGCGCUCGGAUCGGACAUCGUCACGAAAGGACACAAGAUGGCGGGGUUGCUACAACAACAUGAAGUUACUGCCACUGAUCUGUAGCUGAGAUUUUGCAAAACAACAAUCGAAUCAUUCGAAUGUUACUUGAUUUCCAUCAAAAGAAGCAGUGGUUGAUUCGAAAUGCCAGUUGCAACCGGAGUUGAUUCAUUCGUUGCUUUUGAGCGACAACUGAGGACUCUCUGUUUAGAUGAAUUUCCGUGCGGGACGGGUUCAUGGAGGACUGCAUCGGACAACAGGAAUCCAGUCACACAAUUUUCAGUUACCCUUAGAGACUAUGGAGCCGGCAAGGAGCAGGAGGAGACUCUGGAGGAGCUAGUGACCUCCAAGUACUCCCCUUACAGUGUGGACUAUACCUGGAGUAAAGAGGCCCGACAACUGAGGGAGAUCGCUGUCAAAAGCCCGUGGUUGAUCACCAGGAACUUCAUCCUGAAACACUUCCAGACGAUGAAGAUCGUGGAUAAGAAUGUAUGUAAUGUUGAUAAAGGAAUGCUUCAGUUUCCAAGGUUGAUUGAACUCACUCUCAGUGCCAACUCAUUACAAAGUGUAGACUCUAGGAAUCUUCCAAUAACAUUGCAGGUUUUGGAACUUGUAGCCAAUGAGAUUAGCGAUCUGGAACCACUGUGUAAUGCCCCUCCACCAGGUCUCCUUCAUUUAGGUUUAGGUCUCAACAGAAUAUCAGCCAUCCAUGACUACCUUACAGGGCCCUAUUGGCCUCAGCUUUUAUCAUUGGAUCUAAGUUACAACAAUCUGUGUGAUUUCAAAGAAAUAAUCUACAAGCUUCAGACCCUACCUAAACUCAGAAAUCUUGUUCUCAUUGGAAAUCCACUAGCAUUGCUACCUGGUUACCGGGGCUACACGGUUGAUAGCUUGCGAAAAUUGACUAUCCUUGAUGAUAUGCAGAUAUCAGCAGAUGAGAAGCAUCACUUCAAAGGACUAGCCAGGCGAAGAGAGUUUGUACGAGAUGAAGCAAAGAUUAUUCUGAAAUUGCAUGCUUUGUCAGGAAUCCCAAUGCCAGCAGAGCUGCAGGCAACAGAAGAAUUACCAGACUUUCCUAUCAUCACAAGGACAUAUUAUGUAGAGUUCCAAUUUUUGGAAGACUUCUUAAAUACUAAUUCUCAGAAGGAUGGAGAGAAAAAUCAAGAGCAAGAGAAAGAUGGAAAGGAAGAGGAAGGGGAGAAGGAAGCUCAUUUGGAUGAACAAGCAGAUGAACCCGGAGGAAAGCCAGAAGAAGACCAGCAACCACAAGAGAAUGGAAGUAUCCAGGAAAAUGGUCAAGAUGGAAUAGAAACUGAUAAUGUCAGCACAGUAGCCACAGUGCCAGAGAAGGAGGCAACAGAGACUGGUGAGGAUGAGGUGCUCCCAUCUCAGCAACCACUCAAGCUGGUACCCUACAGGACUGAUGGGCUCCCUUGGGCAGAAGAAGGGAUGGAGCUGGUGUAUGAGAGAGAGGUUCAGAUUGAUGAUUUGCCUGCACUGAAGGAGCUUUUCAAGAAAGGACUGGAUAUUGAUAUCAAGGAGGAUAAGGUCCUGUCAUAUCCUGCUGAGGAUGAUGGAAGAGGAAGUGUUACGAGCAAGAAAGGGAAGGAUGGAGGUAAACCUGAGAAAAGAGGUGCUAGUGUCAACAAAGACAAACCAAAAGAUGCCAAGCCUGCCAAAGAUGAUGGAAAGAAGAAGAAAAAGAAAGAGCCGGAGAUAGAGCUUACUCACAUGCCCCCGGAGGUUACAAUCCUAGGAUCGUACCAUUUAGAAACGGGAGAGAUAGUGAAUGGUGAAACCAAGAUAGAACAGGUGUGCAUUUGUGGGGGUGGAUCGCUGGAGGCACAGCAGGAGGAUGAGAAAGAAGAGGAGGUUUCGGAUGGAAAGAAGGAUAAGAAGAAGAAGGAUGGAGGAGAAUCAGCAAAAGGAAAGAAAGGAAAAGAUGCAAAGCAAGAUAAAGAUAAAGGCAAAAAACCUGGCAAGGGGGAUGGCAAAGAUGCCAAAAAGGAUGGCGGAAAGGGAGGAAAGCGCCCCAAUACGGGGGUCACCCUCGCAGGGGAGGACGAAGAGGAGAAGCCCCCGCCCCCAUUGACUGUCACUAUUGAGCUUGAACUGGUCCAUUGGAAGACUGCUCAAGAAUCUAUUCCCAAGUUAGCCCCGGCUGUCACACCGACUGUCCAUGAGAGUGAGGAAGGAAAAUCAGAGGCCCCUGCAUGACCGUGAGAUUUUCGAUUUGAUACGUGAACUGUUUUUGCCGGAGAAGUUGGAUUUAUGAAUCCGUUGCACGCAGGAGCAAGGACCCAUUACUUUUUCUUUAUCCGAUAAUGUCAGGAAAGAAUAUCACACACACAAUCAAUUUUUUGUAUGGUGUUGUUGGUUAUCUUACCUGACUGCUAAGAAAGCAUUAUUGAAUUAUUGUUAGUAAGCUACAAGAGGACCAAUGGAUUAAAAUCCUUUCCAAGGCACUGUUCAGAUGAAAUCAGAGCUGGUAUAUCUCCCUGAUUGUCAGGAAGAAUCUCAGAAAUCUUGAGGAAUUAAGCAUGAAACUCUAUUAUUAUUUUUCCUGAUUUAUUGGUUGUGUCCGUACCUUGAAACACAUGCACAGGAGAAGGAUUUCCCUUUUUCUUAAACUGUUUGGGACAUUGCAUCAGUAUCUUUGAUUCGAUGCCAAAAAUGCUUAAAACUAAAAGUAAUAAUCACUUACCUUACUUUGGCAAUACUAUUGAAUACAUUGGUUUGCAGUUUUUCAAUGCAAACUGGUAAAUUUAUAACUUCUAAGGACAUUCUUAAUUUAUUUCUGAUGCAUACACUGCCGCAAUUAAAGUUGCCAAUUUGAGGUAUAAAAUCAAGGCUUCAAAUAAACUUCAUUGUCAUGGAAGGUUAUAUGUGGAUGAAUCAUUUCUUUUCAAAUAAUUAUAUUUUGUAGUAUAUUCUUCCUUGCAUUAAAAAAAAAACAUUAAUGGUGUGUUUUAACUGUUUUGAGAAAAGGUAAUAUAUACAUAUAUCCAGUCUUCUUUCUUUAAGACAUGAAUGAAUGCACAGGAUAUGCAGAUCAUGCACUGAACAAACCUAAAUGCUCUAUUGAAGAAAGGGAUAAUAAUCUUUUUUGCAAAGAUGAAAUAUUCAAUUUCGGUUUGAAUUCUCUGGUUUAUUUAUUUUUUUUUAAAGUGAAAUACAUUAGUGGCAUCUUUUAUUUAUUUCUUCUUUGGGGGGUGAAAUAUUGAAACUAUCCCACUUAUUACACUUGAAGGGGAUCCAACCCAAAUUUCUUUUUUAGAGGAAAGAGAAAAAUCAGACAAGUAGACAGGUGAAAGUUUGAAUAUUAUCAGACAAACAAUAAGAAAGCUAUGAUUUUUUUAUAUGUGUAAAAAUUGGUAAUAACUCGACCUAUGGAGACUUAAUAUUGGCCACAUAGGUGAUAUCAGUGAUGUAAGGCAAAUGCCAAUCUUCCAUUUACUCCAAUAUACUCCAUUAACUUUCUCUCCUCUCUCACACAUUUUAUGACCAAGGUUGGAGGUUGUUUACUCAAUUUUCAAAUCAGUAGGCUAUAUGGACUCAUACAUAUAUUUUGAUGAAUUCCCGUUUGUCUAUUGCUUUUUGAGGUAUAUAUGUACAUUCCUUUGUAAAUAUGUAAAUUACGAUGAAUCCUUUAUUUCUGUAAAUUGAAAAUAAAUACUAUUUAUGAACGUGAA